UGGACGUUCCGUCGAAUUAGAAAGUGAAAGAAAAAAAGGUGGAAUCUUGUCCGGUUCUUCGGUUCUGUUGGUUCUCUGUCUGUGAUGUUCAGAUGCUUUUCAACACCAUAGGCCGUUUGAACAAAUAGUGAAGGUAGGAAGUGUGUGAGAGAUGAUGUGCAUGUGAAUUUAGCAGCAUGGAUCAGUGUGAGGAAGGAGAGGACGAAGUCCCUCCAUCUGAAACCACCAGAGGUCAGAGAAUUCCUAAAAGACUGAAGCGAACCCAUGACCCAGAACCAGAACCCAGCUGUGUGUCCUUUAAGAGCGACAGGUCAAAGGAUAUUGGUGCUAACUUUAAAUCUUCUGGACCUUCAUCAUCAGAGAGAAUUCCUAAAAGACUGAAGCGAACCCAUGACCCAGAACCAGAACCCAGCUGUGUGUCCUUUAAGAGCGACAGGUCAAAGGAUAUUGGUGCUAACUUUAAAUCUUCUGGACCUUCAUCAUCAGAGAGAGUGGACUGGCAGAGCUCAGAGGUUCCCAGUGGUCCAUCUGCCCAGCAGCACCAAACACAGCUGGACUCCAUAUUUAUGCUGCUGGAGGACAACAUUGUCACUUUUGUGAAGAACGAGCUGAAGAAGAUCCAGAAGGUUCUGAGCCCAGAUGACCCAGAAUGCUCAGAGAAUCAGAGAGAUAAUGGUGAGGUGUUGGAAGGUGAGGAUGAAGAGCAGAGGAGGAGCAGCAGAUUGGCAGUGAUGAAGAUCACACUGAACUUCCUGAGGAAUAUGAAACAAGAGGAGCUGGCUGACCGUCUGCAGAGCAAACGUCUUUCUGCAAUUUGUCAACAUCAACUUAAAUCUGGUCUGAAGAAGAAGUUCCAGUGUGUGUUUGAGGGGAUUGCUAAAGCAGGAAGUCCAACCCUUCUGAACCAAAUCUACACAGAGCUCUACAUUACAGAGGGAGGAACUGGAGAGGUCAAUGAUGAACAUGAAGUCAGACAGAUUGAAACAGCAUCCAGGAAAACACAUGGACCAGAAACAACAAUCAGACAAGAAGACAUCUUUAAAGUCCCACCUGGAGGAGAUCAACCAAUCAGAACGGUGAUGACAAAGGGAGUGGCUGGCAUUGGGAAAACAGUAUUAACACAGAAGUUCACUCUGGACUGGGCUGAAGGCAAAGCCCACCAGAACAUCCAGUUCAUAUUUCCAUUCACUUUCAGAGAGCUGAAUGUGCUGAAAGAGAAAAAGUUCAGCUUGGUGGAACUGAUUCAUCACUUCUUUAGUGAAACCAAAAAAAUCUGCAGCUUUGAACGGUUCCAGGUUCUGUUCAUCUUUGAUGGUCUGGAUGAAAGUCGACUUUCACUGGACUUCCACAACAAGGAGAUCCUGACUGAUGCUAAAACGUCCACCUCAGUGGAGGUUCUGCUGACAAACCUCAUCAGGGGGAAACUGCUUCCCUCUGCUCUCCUCUGGAUAACCACACGACCUGCAGCAGCCAAUCAGAUCCCUCCUCAGUGUGUUGGUAUGGUGACGGAGGUCAGAGGGUUCACUGACCCACAGAAGGAGGAGUACUUCAGGAAGAGAUUCAGAGAUGAGCAGCAGGCCAGCAGGAUAAUCUCCCACUUGAAGACAUCACGAAGCCUCAACAUCAUGUGCCACAUCCCAGUUUUCUGCUGGAUCACUGCUACAGUUCUGGAGGAUCUAUUGGAGACCAGAGAGAGAGGAGAGCUGCCCAUUACCCUGACUGAGAUGUACAUCCACUUCCUGGUAGUUCAGACCAAAGUGAAGAAGGUCAAGUAUGAUGGAGGAGCUGAAACAGAUCCACACUGGAGUCCAGAGAGCAGGAAGAUGAUUGAAUCUCUGGGAAAACUGGCUUAUGAUCAGCUGCAAAAAGGAAACCUGAUCUUCUAUGAAUCAGACUUGACAGAGUGUGGCAUCGAUAUCAGAGCAGCCUCGGUGUUCUCGGGAAUGUUCACACAGAUCUUUAAAGAGGAGAGAGGGCUGUACCAUGACAAGGUGUUCUGCUUCGUCCAUCUGAGUGUUCAGGAGUUUCUGGCUGCUCUUUAUGUUCACCUGACCUUCAUAAACUCUAGUGUCAAAAAACAAAGAACAAGAAACGAAGAAGAAACAAAAAAAUGUAAGUGGUCUUCAUUAUUUUAUACACCAAAUAAACACCUGGGGGUCAUCCCAAUGAAAGAAAUCCCAACAUCAAACAUGCCUUCAGUUGAAGAACCGCUAACAACAUUUGACCACCCUUCAUUUUGGGAGGAGCUAAACGUACAGGAUCUCUAUCAGAGAGCUGUUGACCUGGCAAGGCCAGGAGGGAUGAAAGAAAUCCCAACAUCAAACAUGCCUUCAGUUGAAGAACUGCUAACAACAUUUGACCACCCUUCAUUUUCGGAGGAGCUAAACGUACAGGAUCUCUAUCAGAGAGUUGUUGACCAGGCCUUACGGAGUACUAAUGGACACCUGGACUUGUUCCUCCGCUUCUUCCUGGGACUUUCACUGCAGACCAAUCAGAAACUUCUACAAGGACUGGUGACACAGACAGAAAGUAGCUCACGGACCAAUCAGGAUACAAUAAAGUACAUCAAGUGGAAGAUCAGUGAGAUUGUAUCUGCAGAGAAAAGCAUCAACCUCUUCCACUGUCUGAAUGAACUCAAUGAUCGUUCUCUAGUGGAUGAGAUCCAACAAGCUCUGAGUUCAGGAAGUCUCUCCACAGAUAAACUGUCUCCUGCUCAUUUUUCAGCUCUGGGUUUCAUCUUCGUAUCAUCAGAAAAAGAGCUGGAUGUGUUUGACCUGAAGAAAUACGCUGCCUCAGAGAAUGUUCUUCUAAGGUUGCUGCCAGUGGUUAAAGCCUCCAACAAAGCUCUACUGAGUUACUGUAACCUCUCAAAGAGAAGCUGUGAAGCUCUGACCUCAGCCCUCAGCUCCCAGUUCUGCAGUCUCCAAGAACUGGACCUGAGUAAAAAUAACCUUCAUGAUUCAGGUGUGGAGCUUCUAUCAGAUGGACUGAAGAGUCCGAACUGCAAACUGACAACUCUCAGACUGAGUUACUGUAAACUCUCGGAGAGAAGCUGUAUAGUUCUGACCUCUGCCCUCAGCUCCCAGUCCAGCAGUCUCACAGAACUGGACCUGAGUCACAAUGACCUUCAGGAUUCAGGAGUGGAGCUUCUUUAUGCUGGACUGGAGAGUUCAAACUGCAAACUGACAUCUCUCAGACUGAGUUACUGUAAACUCUCAAAAACAAGCUGUGUAGCUCUGUCUUCAGUCCUGAGAUCCCCAUCCUGCAGUCUCAGAGAACUGGACCUGAGUAACAAUAACCUUCAGGAUUUAGGAGCAAAUCUUUUAUUUGUUGGACUGAAUCAUCCAAACUGCAAACUGACGACUCUCAGACUGAGUUACUGCAACCUCUCAAAGAGAAGUUAUGAAGCUCUGUCCUCACUUCUCAGCUCCCAGUUCUACAGUCUCAGAGAACUGGACCUGAGUAACAAUGACCUUCAGGAUUCAGGAGUGGAGCUUCUUUAUGCUGGAUUGAAGAGUCCAAACUGCAAACUGACAACUCUGAGACUGAGUUACUGUAAACUCUCGGAGAGAAGCUGUAUAGUUCUGACCUCUGCCCUCAGCUCCCUGUCCAGCAGUCUCACAGAACUGGACCUGAGUCACAAUGACCUUCAGGAUUCAGGAGUGGAGCUUCUUUAUGCUGCUGAGAGUUCACACUGCAAACUGACAUCUCUCAGAUUCCUGUCAACUCACCAUCAACACAAACACAUUGGUCAAACACCUCAAAGUGUCUGA